AGAUGCUGCGAGUGUGACAGCUGCUGAACAUUCAGGGCUUCGGACUGAAGAGCCAACAGCAAUGAGCACUAAGAAUCUAAUCCCAGAAGUUAUGAGUUAAUGAGGAAGUCCAGAAGCUUUGAAGACAUCUUCCUCAUGUGGGACGACGCAGGACGAUGAUCAGACAUCUUCACAACAUCACAGGGACAGAAGGAGGACUCCCUUCAUGAUGAACUUUGCCGUGGUUCUUCUAUUCACAUCCAGCUGCUUCGCCUGGUCUUCGGCCGUCUAUUCCUCCAACAGAGAAGCAGGACCCAAGAAGCUGAAGUACCUCCUGGAGACGCUGCUGCACGCCGACGUCGUGGCCCGGAGGGGAGAGAACGCCACCCUGCCGUGCGUCCUGAGGACCAAACCCGCCCAGUACAAAGUGAAAUGGACAAAGCUGGAGCCGCACCGCGCGGGUCGGGAGGACAUCAUCAUGAUAUCGAAUGCGCACGCCUUCAAGCCCUACGGGCGCCUGGGCGGGCGGGCCUCCCUCCCCAAGGCGCACGCCAUGGACGCCUCCCUGCAGCUCCGCGGCCUCGAGCUGGAAGACGGCGGCACGUAUCGCUGCGAGCUGGUCUACGGCAUCGAGGACGAGAGUGUGGUCGUAACGUUGAGGAUUGAAGGGGUGGUCUUCCCGUACCAGAGCAGAAGUGGCCGCUACAGACUCACGUUCCACGAGGCCGAGGAGGCCUGUGCUCAGCAGGACGCCACGCUGGCCUCGUACGGCCAGCUGUACCGAGCGUGGACGGAGGGCCUGGACUGGUGCAACGCCGGCUGGCUCCACGACGGCACCGUCCAUUACCCCAUCGUCCAGCCCCGCCCGGCCUGUGGAGGGGAGCUGCUCCCCGGCAUUCGCAGCUACGGGCCGAAGGACAAGAACCAGGACCGAUUCGACGCCUUCUGCUUCACCUCCCAGACGUCCGGCUCCGUCUCCUAUGUAGCGGGCUCCUUCUCCUUCGACCAGGCCGGACUCGCGUGUCGGCGCCAGGGCGGCGAGCUGGCGCUGGUCGGCCAUCUUUACUCCGCCUGGCGUUUCCGUGACUACGACCGGUGCGACGGCGGCUGGCUGAGAGACGGCAGCGUGCGGUUUCCCGUCGGCAGCCCCAGGGAGCGCUGCGGGGGCGUCCCCGAGGCGGGGGUGCGCUCCUUCGGGUUCCCCGACCAGACGGCGCACCUGUACGGCGCCUAUUGCUAUAGGUAGACCCGAAACAAAGCGCCAGCACACCUGCUUCACCCUCCUUUGGAGACAAAAGGCGAAUCCACACUAAGCCGAGACACAAAUUCACUUCUUUCCAGGAGGCUGGAAAGAAGUGAAAUGUGAUUUUCAAAAUCAACAUACAUUUGAUAAAUAAUUGGAUCGGGGAAAACAGUAAGCAGUCUUUUAUUUUGAAAUCCCCAAACGACUCUCGCAGAGUGAACGUGAAUGAAUGAACAUGUUCCACAAUCAUCCCUCUUGAUCACUAAUAAGGAGUUGACAUUUCUGCAGAGACUAACUGAAGGUGUUUGGUUCAUUUUGGGUUCAAUCACCGUUUAACAUGAGACCCGACUGCUUCCUGCACAUUUAAUGCCUUUAAGCCACUUUAACGGGUUCAUCUGCAGGUUCAUUAACUUCAUUCCAGCAAGUCAAUAAAUGAUUGGCGCAUGAUUUGAA